CGAGACGCGCUCACUCACUUGCAGCUUCCACUUUCUCGAUUACCUUCGAAGAAUCAAAGGAGAGCAACACACCAUGUCAUCGUCGCACGCCGAGGGGCGGCGCGCCGACAAGCACACAAAGGCGCGCCAGCAGAUGCUGGAGGAGUUUGAGCGGCAAAAGGCCGAGCUGGCCUCGAUGUCGGCGUCGACGAGCAGCAACCGGUUCACGUCCAAGACGGACAGCAUCGAGGAGAGCCUCAAGAAGAACACCGUCGGCCUCGUCAGUGCCGAGGACUUUAAGCGGCGGAGAGAGGAGCUCGAGGAGCUCAAGAGGCGCGAGGCGGCGAAGACGAGCGAACUUAAGGCCGAGGAAAAGGUCAAGAAGAAGCGGAGCAAGACAGACGCCCUCUCAAAGCUAUCUUUCGCCAUGGACGACGAAGAGGAAGAAGGGGGCGCAGCGGGGGCCGGGCCGGGCGGAGAGGCCAAGAAGAACAAGAAGAAGAAGCAGGAGGAAAAGGGUAGCAAGCUCAAGGGCAUCAAGAACCCGUCGGUGGACACGAGCUUCUUGCCGGAUCGCGAGCGAGAGGAAAAGGACCGGCUAGCCAGAGAAGAGCUCCGACAGCAGUGGCUGGCAAAGCAAGAGAUCAUGAAGGGAGAAGCAAUCGAGAUCACCUACUCGUACUGGGACGGCAGCGGCCAUCGCAAAUCUGUUGCUUGCAAAAAGGGCGACACGAUUGCCCAAUUCCUCGAAAAGUGCCGACAACAGUUCCCCGAGCUGCGUGGAGUGAGCGUCGACAGCCUCAUGUACAUCAAGGAGGACCUCAUCAUCCCACACCACUUCUCUUUCUACGACUUUAUCGUCUCCAAGGCCCGUGGCAAGUCUGGCCCCUUGUUCAGCUUCGACGUUCACGAUGACGUGCGAAUGCUGGCCGACGCCACUGUUGAAAAGGACGAGUCUCACGCGGGCAAGGUGGUCGAGAGGACCUGGUACAACCGCAACAAGCACAUCUUCCCCGCCAGCCGCUGGGAGCUGUACGAGCCAGGCAAAGACUUUGGCUCCUACUCGGUUCACGAUCGGGAAAGUAGAAGGAGCCGGCUUCUUCUAUACCACCACGCCUCUGCUGUAAUAUUAUAGAGUGCUCGAAUUUCAGAGCCGUACAUUUUUCCAGAUGGCCUCAACU